AUGAUGUCACUGCUGAGUACGUUGUUCCACCACAUUCAUCCACCACAGUGCUACACCACAACGCACCACCAAUAUGUUCAUUCUCCAUCACAGUCCCCUUUCAUAAUGCUCCUCCACAAUCCUCUAACCACAAUCCUCCACCACAACCCCCCACCACAAUCCCCCACUACAGUUCUCCACCACAACCCUCCACCACAAUCCUCCACCACAAUCCUUCACCACAACCUUCCACCACAACCCCCCACCAUAAUCCCCCACUACAGUUCUCCACCACAACCCUCCACCACAACCCUCCACCACAACCCCCCACCACAAUCCUCCACCACAAUCCCCCACUACAGUUCUCCACCACAACCCUCCACCACAAUCCUUCACAACAACCUUCCACCACAACCCUCCACCACAACCCUCUACCACAACCCUCCCCCACAACCCUCCACCACAAUCCUCCACCACAACCCUCCACCACAACCCUCCACCACAACCCUCCACCACAACCCCCCCCCACAACCCUCCACCACAAUCCCUUAUUCUCACAUGAUCGCAUAA